CAUAUUUGGCUUUCAACUUUGAAGGAACGGGUUUAGUUUUCUGCAAAACACGUGUCCUAACACAUCUUCCCACAAGUGCAUCUCUAGUAAAAUUAAAUUCCUGUCACACCGUGGAUGGACCCCACUCUGUGGACACAGAGACGUUACUGUUAUUACAGACUGUAAUAAGCACUUAUUGUGUUUGGACAUUAUUGCUCGGAUUGACACAGCCACAUAAUGCUACAUCAGAUGAAUCCUGAUUUCUUGGACGCCAAGUCCGACAACUCAGGAAAAACGUGCCUGGAGUCGUGCAUCGUGCGUCCAAGGAUAUCCCGAAAAAGCGACGAUUACAUUAUGACCCCCCAUUGGAACGAGUGUCCUAUGUACGAAGAAGCGUAUAAGAAAUCAUUGGAGCAUCCGGAAGAAUUUUGGGGCGAGAUCGGUGGUUGUCUCAACUGGAGCAAGCCUUGGCAUAAGGUCCUCGACAAUUCCAACGAACCGUUCACGAAAUGGUUCGUCGGCGGUGAACUGAACGCCUGUUACAACGCGGUAGAUCGACACGUGCGCGCCGGAUACGGGGAGAAGACGGCCCUCAUCCACGACAGUCCCCAAACAUCGUUAAUACGCAAAGUGACGUACAAUGAGCUCCUGGAAAAGACGUCAGUGUUGGCGGGCGGAUUGGCAGACCUGGGUGUGCGCAAAGGGGACAGGGUGAUUAUAUACAUGCCGCUGAUCCCUGAGACUAUAAUCGCAAUUCUCGCCACCGCCAGGCUCGGGGCGAUUCACUCGGUGGUCUUUGGAGGCUUCGCAGCGAACGAAUUAGCGUCUCGAAUAGACCACGCCGAGCCGAAGGUGGUUAUCGCCGCGACUUGCGGCCUUGAACCGUCCAAAGUUGUUAAGUAUACUACUAUGCUAAACGGCGCCAUGGAUAUGAUCGUUGUACCGAAGCCGAAGUGCGUUGUAUUUCAAAGAAGAAAUGUGUGGGAAGCUCCGUUACUCGAGUCGCAGAUCGACUGGGAUGAUCUCAUGAAGCAAUCGAAGCCUCAUCCGUGCGUGAUGGUCGAAGCUAACGAUCCGUUGUACAUAUUGUACACAUCGGGGACCACAGGACAACCGAAGGGGAUUAUAAGGCCAAUCGGCGGUCACUUGGCGACACUCUGCUGGAGCAUGAAAACGGUUUAUGGAAUGAACAAAAACUCCGUAUGGUGGGUGGCCUCCGACAUGGGAUGGGUUGUCGGGCAUUCCUAUAUUUGCUAUGGUCCUCUCGUCUACGGCGCGACUAGCGUCAUGUACGAAGGAAAGCCAGACAGAACACCGAAUGCUAGUCAAUAUUUUAGAAUCAUUGAGCAACAUAGCGUAAACGCGUUAUUCUGCGUCCCGACUGCUCUACGAGUUAUAAAACGAGCGGAUCCGGAAACGCUCUUGGGAAAAAAGUACAUGUUAAAAUCUUUAAAAACGAUAUUCGUGGCGGGCGAGUUUUGCGAUUACGAAACGAAAGCCUGGGCCGAGAAAGCGUUCAAAGUGCCCAUCCUGAACAAUUGGUGGCAGUCGGAGACCGGACAUCCCAUCACGGCGCUGUGCCUAGGAUACGGUCACUGCGCCAAUUUGCCCAAGUUCAGUACGGGACUUCCUAUACCCGGAUACGAGAUACACAUCCUGCGCGACGACGGAAGCAAAGCGCAGCAGCACGAGCUCGGACGUAUCGCGAUAAAAUUGCCGUUGCCACCUGGAUGCAUGUCGACCCUUUAUCGCGCAUCCGAGAGGUUUAAGCAAGUAUACUUCUCGACAUUUCCGGGUUAUUACGAUACAAUGGACGCGGGGUACAUCGAUGAGUUCGGCUACGUUUACGUCACGGCGAGGGACGAUGACAUCAUAAAUGUGGCCGGCCACCGAAUAUCCACGGCUGCAUUGGAGGAUAUUAUUUUGGCUCAUAGUGACGUGGUGGACGCCGCGGUAGUCGGUGUGCCCGAUCACACGAAGGGCGAAGUGCCGCUAUGCCUUUAUGUUAGACGAGAAGACGCGAUAAGCAACGAGGAGGAGAUUAAUCAGGAGCUGGUUACGCGGGUGCGCAAUAUGAUCGGGCCGAUCGCGUCUUUUCGCGUCGCCGCCGCCAUCACCGCGCUACCCAAAACGCGCUCGGGGAAGAUAAUUCGUAAAUCGAUCGCCACCCUGGCGCGGUCGAAGCCAGUCAAGAUUCCAAGCACGAUCGAGGAUCCGACAGUAUUCCGCGAGAUCAAGGAAGUGCUCCAGAAGCUGGGCUACGCGAAGCUGGCUCCGGAUCCGCAGUGACCGCGCGAUUCGAGCAACAGGCGACUCCUCCGCGCACGCGACGUGAGAAGAUAAAAAGUAGGGAAAAGAAAAGAAGAAAUAAAGAAAGCACGAGAACGGACAACUUCCGGGGGAGAGCAAGCAAGUCGUGAUUCCGCGGGAGCGCGGCAGAACAUGGAGAUCCAAAUCUAUCUCCGUACAGGUUGUCCAACCUACUCGCGAUCGAGAAAAGGGACAUUCGUUUUCUCUCUCCCCCUCACUUACAUCCCUUCAUCGUUAUCGUUAAGAAAAAAAAACA